CUAUCAACCCCCCCAAGGGGCAGAAUAGAGACUCUGACUCGCGUUACUGACUGUCCCCAGGCCACAGCACUGCCACCAGCACCUCGGCUGACUUACUCCCUUCCUGGACAGAGCCAUGAGGAGGAGGAGGUGGGUGAGGAACCUGCAGCUGAUGCCUCAGCAGACUCACUCCACACGAGCUCUCUGCUGGGAGCCGAGAGUGCAGACGAUGACACAUUCCUGCUGUCUGACACCCUCAGCAGAAGCAUGAGUAUCCCGGAGGAGCUCUGGCUCUCACCACAGCAGAAAUCGCAGAUGACAGAGGAGCUGCUGCAGUGGCUGAGGAGCAUUGUGAACGAGGGGGACCCUCAGACCAGAUACACCAAGUUUGUUCAAGUUGGCCAAGGGGGUUUCGGGACAGUUUACAAAGCCUUUGACCCAGCCACCGGAGAUGUGGUGGCCCUAAAGAAGAUGCCUCUCCACAAACGGAGCAGAAAGGAACUCGUCAUCAACGAGAUUCGGAUCAUGAAGGAAAACAGGCAUCCCAAUAUUGUCAAUUAUAUAGACAGCUACCUGGUGGAUGAAGACCUGUGGCUCGUGAUGGAAUAUGUGGAUGGAGGCACUUUAACCAGCGUUCUUCUCCAAGUCUUUAUAGAUGAAAGAAUGAUAGCUGCCAUCAGCAGGGAGUGCCUCAAAGCCCUGGAUUUCCUUCAUUCAAAGAACGUGAUCCACAGAGAUGUCAAAAGUGACAAUAUCCUUCUCGGGAUGGACGGAUCUGUGAAACUGACUGAUUUUGGCCUGUGUGCUCAGCUGACCCCGGAGCGGAGCACACGGUGCACAGUGCUUGGCUCUCCCUACUGGGUAGCACCAGAAGUCCUCAAAAGAAAGGAAUAUGACACCCAAGUGGACAUCUGGGCCCUUGGGAUCGUGGCCAUUGAAAUGCUGGAGGGAGAACCCCCCUACUUUAAAGAAAGCCCUCUCAGGGCCCAGCACCUGAUAGCCAGGAACAGGUACCCCCCUCUGAGGAGGCCCAGCAGGAUGUCGGUUCUGUUCCACGCCUUCCUGCACUCCUGCCUGGACACCGACCCCAGCAUCCGCUGGACAGCCUGCGAGCUCCUGCAGCAUCCAUUUUUAAAAACAGCUGUGAGUCUCUCUGUCCUGCCAGAAAUUAUCCGUAUAGCCAGGAGAGUCAGCCAGGCCGUGGAGGCACUUCAUACCAACAGUGCCAGCACAGAGCAAAAACAGGAAUAAAACUCUCACCCACAGGGAGAUCUGCUGCCUUCUCACUCCGUGCUUACAUUCACUUCUGAAUGGUUGGUUGUUUCUUAAAGAUGGAAAUCCCAGGUAUGGGGGUUUUGGUGUGGUUUGGAAAUGGGGAGUGCUUCAUUCAUCAGCUCCAGACCACGCUGCCUCUGGAACGCCCAUGGGCUGGGUUUGCCCUGUCGUGGCACUUCAGGAUGAAAAAGAAAGUGCAAUUGCAUUUCCAGCCAAAAACAGGUGAAGAAUGGGCCAGCUGAAACAUCCUGCUGGAUACACACACUCAGCUGGGACUGUGGAGUGUUUGCAGAAUUCCCUGUCCUCCCUCCACCUGGCAGAACACUUGACACAAAAAUAUAUAAUAUAUAGAGAUUACAGAGAAAGAUAUGUAUAUAACAGAGA